GGUGGUCACAUGAUUAAAGCCAGACGCUGAUUGGUUAGUCUUCGCAACUCAAAAGUCUGGCACAGCUCAGCGUGGACAGUUUGAGUAGCCAACGGGCAAGAGAGUUUGAAAUAUCAGAGGGGAAUUGCUGUUGCAAGGUUCUUUGGACUUUAUGGAAACUGGAGAAGAAUCAAACAAGAUGACAGAGUGACCGGGCAACGGGAAAGCAGCGAUGACCUAACCAAAGAUACUGAGGAUGCAACAGCUAAAUGAUUGUGAAAUCUUUAACUAACAGAUAAAGCAAACCAAAAGAGAACCAAAGCAACGCAAACCAAAGGAGAAGGAAUAUACCAAACAGCUUAAAUCUACAAGCAAAAUACCAACUGAAAAGGGCGAGAAAAUGAAGUUGGAGGCAUCUCUAGAGGACAUGAGUGAGUGGAGGGAGGUAGACUUUGCCCUUAACUGCACCUACAUCGUCCACGACCAGGCAUCCGAACCCAGCUUCAGCCUGCCGAAGGCCAUGACCUCCAUUCCACGGAACCUCACCUUCCAAUACAGCGCUGACAAUCAGGUAACUGGCGUUUUCAGCAAAGAGUACAUACCUCAAGGUACAAGAUUCGGACCUCUUCAAGGAGUUAUUUACACCAAAGAAAAUGUGCCCCUUCACACCAACAGGAAAUAUUUUUGGAGGAUCUACAGUGGUGGCCACCUACACCACUUCAUUGACGGCUACGAUGUCCAUCGCAGCAACUGGAUGCGGUACGUCAACCCAGCGCGAUCGCUGGCCGAACAGAACCUGGUGGCCUGUCAAAACGGCCAGGAGAUCUUCUUCUACACCAUCCGGCCCGUGGAGCCCAAACAGGAGCUGUUGGUGUGGUACAGUCCGGAGUUUUCCCAGAGACUUUGCGGCCAGCAAGAGCAACCAGACAGCCUAAAGCCAAAGUACAUUCCUGAUAUUGAGUAUCAGAAGCAGCCCCUACCUCAGUACACCUAUUACCCUAAACAACCCCCGAGCCCACGCAAACUUCAAAGUGAGGGACAGGAAGACGAGGUGGAUGAAAAGAUCGACGUAGAGGUUAUUGAGAGGGACACGCCACCUGACACACCGGAUGAACAGGUCGUGGAUUUCAGCAAGAAGAUCCACAAAGCUGCUUCCCCAGAGCCUGUUCAUUCUCCACUGCCCAACCAGAAAGAGAUGAACCUAAACAUUCACCCAUAUCCCACCCUGUCCCCACCACAAGAUCUUCCUCUCCACUUACACGGCCUCUAUGGUCAUCGAGAAGGUCUGAUCUCGUACCCUUCAUUACCCUCACCUAGACCCCUGCAAGCUCCAUAUCCCUUGUUACCACCAUACAACCCUCAUUAUUCACGUCUGCUGUUGCCUCCAUACUCUCCUCCCUUCCCUUCUAUGUUGCCCUCGAAAGGGGGUCUCCGGUACAACGGAUUCCUGGGCAGUGAUGGCUUGCCCUACCCUUCCAUAUCCCAACCAGGUCUGUUACCAGUUACACUUCCCUAUCCUACCCCACUUCAUGGAGGUCUGAAAGAAAGAAUCCCAAAUACUCCACCUCGAGGAGCCCCUGCAACACCUGAACUCUCGCCUCAGCCAAAGCAAUCCCCUCAGCAAAUGUUCCAGAAGCCUUUCUCUGAAUGCGAAGAGGCCAUCAACCUCAGCCUGGCUACACCCAAGAGCAUGUCACCUUCAUCCUCGUCCUCUCCUCCGGCGCCUGGGUACAAGUCUCUCCCAUACCCGCUUAAGAAACAGAACGGCAAAAUCAAGUAUGAAUGCAACGUCUGUCUCAAGACCUUCGGUCAACUGUCCAACCUCAAAGUGCACUUGAGGGUCCACAGUGGAGAGAGGCCGUUCCAGUGCAACUUGUGCAAAAAGAGUUUCACCCAGCUAGCCCACCUACAGAAACACCACUUGGUCCACACUGGAGAGAAACCACAUGAGUGCCAGGUGUGCCACAAACGCUUCAGCAGCACCAGCAAUCUGAAGACCCACCUACGCCUGCACUCCGGGGAGAAGCCGUAUCAGUGUAAGCUGUGCGGGGUAAAGUUCACCCAGUACAUUCACCUCAAACUCCACCGUCGGUUGCACAGCUCUCGUGACCGGACCCACUGCUGCCAAGCCUGCACGAGGGGCUUUAUCCAUCGCUUCUCAUUGAACCUCCAUCAGCGUUCCGGCUUCUGCCCCGCCGCCCGUCCCGAAAUCCCAGAGCUGAGGCGCGCAGCAGAAAUGGUAGAGCGGUUUGAUGCCAGUCAGGAGGCCGAGACUCUGCCUGAGAGUGCUGGAGAGGCUCAAGUGGACGCUGCCUUGGAAAAAUGGUUGGCGAGAAGUUUGGAGAGCGGCGAGGGGAAGGAGGACAUUGGAUUCCUCAAGGCUUUUGCUGCAGUACCUCAUGGGGUCACCGCCAUGGGUCACCACCAAGAGAGAGCCAGCGUGGUACACUUUAACCACCGGCCCUCUGUAAAGACUGAGGAGGAGUAGAUGAGGGAGAAUGUUGAUGUAUAGCUUGUUCAGGUCUAACACAAACCCAAAAAUUGCUAUCUAUGCACAGAGCAUUCCCUAGUUGACACCAAAAAAACCCUCUCUUCCCUGAUAGUUUGAAAGAUGAAUCAGAGAGAAGAUGCGUAAACCAAGCCAAUGAAAGCCGCACCAAACAAAUAGUGUUUCCAAAGACUUGAAGAAUGUGUCAAGUGUGAUUGCACUUCUACCCUCUGAGCUGUUAUAGAAUGAAGAUUAUGUCCUCAUACUUCAUUUUGUUUUCAAACUGAUGUGAAAGUCUUUUUGUGUGAGUUUGUCUUAACUUAUUAUUGUUGAGUUUUUUUCUUAUUUGAGCACUGUAUCAAAUGCUUGUUUAUAUGUGUACUUCUGUUUUUUUUAUGUGUGACUUAAUGUUUUUCUUUUUUAACUUCUAAAUACUGGGAUUCUCAGGAAUUAUAUGUUAAUCCCACUAUGGACACUAUGUGAUAUUCCCAAAAAGACUGGAUUUUCCCGUCCAUCCCAAUUCAUUGUGGGUGCGAAUGUGUACAGUAUGAGUAUGUGUGUAUGAUUUUACCUGAUGUUGAAAAAUUCUAGAUGUGAUCCUUUAUGGAAAGAUAUAAUAAUGUACCCUGUAUCUUUUCAAGGUAUUCACUGUAGCUUCUGAGGAUACUAUAGCAGAAGACAAUUGUUGGAUUUCUUUUCAACAAACAGAUCCUGAACCCUUUUGAUUUUGGAAAGAGAACACGCCUCACUUUUAAUUUAAUAUUUAAGAUGAGAGGAAUAUUCUUUGUUUUCUUAGUUUUAUUGUUACUUGGUUGUGUCUAAUGUUUACUGUUGUCUCUUUAAUCCAAACAAGUAUUGUUAGCACUAUGAAAAUGAUCAAAUCAAUGUAGCUGGAACUGAAUUUGCCAAUCAUGAAGAUUGCAAUACUUCUUUUAUAGACUACAGAACUACAGACACAACAGUACCUCAUACUAAAUUGUUAGGUUCAUAUUUUAUGCUGUUUUAAUUUAUUUAAUGUCAGCACUGGAAAAA